ACCUGUAUAUGCAUAAAUACAUGUAUAUGUAUAUGUAUAUAUUAAGAAGGUAAAAGUGAGUGAUUACAACUAUAAAUAUGGCCAAGUAGAGGAUAGGGAAUGGAGAACAAAGAAGAGAUAUCAACAAGUCUCUACACUCCGAACUAAAGCUUGUGAGUUGUGAAGGUUGAAUAUGGAGUAUGAUUUGGGGUGGUUGGUUUUGACAGCUUUGAUAGGUGGUAUAGUUGCAUUGUUAGGGUUAUUGAAGAGGGUAAAUGAGUGGAUUUAUGUGAGCAGUUUGGGUGCAAAGCAGUAUUCUCUCCCUCCAGGGGACAUGGGUUGGCCUUUCAUUGGGAAUAUGUGGUCUCUCUUUAGAGCUUUCAAGAAUGGUGAACCUGAUUCAUUCAUCUCUGCCGUUGUUACCAGAUUUGGCGCGGAGGCUCAGAUAUACAAGGCCUUCAUGUUCGGGAACCCGUGCGUGAUCGUGACAACAUCGGAGACAUGCAGGCGAGUGUUGAUGGACGAUGUAAAUUUCGGGCACGGUUCUCUUAAAUCCAUCACAAAACUAAUAGGAAAGAAAGGGUUCCAUGGCCUUUCCAACGAAGAACACCGGCGUAUCCGUAGGGCAACCACAGCUCCGAUCAAAGGUCGUGACUCAUUGUCAGUGUACAUCGAUUUAAUAGAAGACAUCGCCAUGUCUUCGUUCGAAGAAUGGGCUCGGAUGGACCGGCCGGUCGAGUUCUUGACUGAGUUGAGGAAGGUUGCUUUCAAAGUGAUCAUGAACAUCAUAAUGAGCGAUGAGCUUGAACCAAAAGCAAUGGAUAUAAUGGAAAUGGAGUAUACUCGUCUAAGCCAUGGAGUGAAGUCCAUGCCUAUUAAUCUCCCUGGAUUUGCUUACCGUGAGGCACUUAAGGCUAGGAAAUAUUUGGUAAAGAAUUUUCAAGAUGUUGUUGAUAAAAGAAGGGCGACGAUGAAGAGCAACCAAUCAAAGCCAAAUAAAGACGUGUUGAGUAUAAUGAUUGAAACUGAAGAUGAGGAUGGUCAGAAAUUAAGUGAUGAAGAGAUCAUAGACUUGAUAAUCAUGUUCUUGCUCACUGGCCAUGAAUCUUCUGCCCACGCUACUACCUGGGUUAUGAUCUUCCUGCAGGAAAAUCCACAAUGCUUGCAGAAGGCCAAGGAAGAGCAAGAGGAAAUCAUAAGGAGACGACCUCCCACACAAAGUAGAUUGAGCCAUAAUGAGAUUAGGCAAAUGGAGUACUUGUCCAAGGUGAUUGAUGAAACGUUGCGCGUGGCUAAUCUUUCGUUUGCUCUUUUUCGGGAGGCAAAAACCGAUGUUAACAUCAAUGGUUACAUCGUACCCAAAGGAUGGAAAGUUCUGGCUUGGAUCAGGAAUAUCCAUGUCAAUCCUGAAAACUACCCAAACCCAAAGGAAUUUAAUCCUUCUAGAUGGGAUGGUCAUACAACCAAACCAGGAGCUUACAUUCCCUUUGGAGCAGGGAGUAGAUUGUGCCCUGGAGGAGAUUUAGCCAAGCUUGAAGUUUCUGUGUUUCUUCAUUAUUUUCUUCUUAACUACAAGCUCGAGCGACUUAAUCCAAAAUGUGGGGUGAAAUACUUGCCAAUUCCAAAGCCCAAAGACAAUUGCCUUGCAAGAAUCAAGAAGCUCUCAGCAUCUCCCUAGCGUAUUAGCAUUUACUAGAUCUUCCUGUUAUUAUAUUCUAUAUAAUCCCAUAUUGGUCGGUUGUAGUUCUGUAUUGUUUGCCAGGGCAAAAAAAAAAAAAAGAGUGUAUAAAUAAUAUAUAAAAGAAAAUUGUACUAGUAAAAAUCAUGAUUAUAUUGUUGGUUGUGAAAUAGAAACCAAUCUAUUAUGUUGUAAAUUGAAUUACAAAAUACAAAUGAUUAAAUCUAAUAUUGAUAAGGAAAAUUCUAGAUAUUGAUAAGGCUGCUAAGUGCUCUCUUGCAUGGGAUUUCUUGAUUUCAAAAGAUAGGUUGUGGAUGGCAUGGUUCAGAAAUUGUUAUACUAGGAAUGCUUCUUACCAGCAUGUAGUGGUAAGGGAUGUAUACUCGUCCAACUGUUUCUGGAUCCCUGGUGUGAGGGGUUUUUAUCUCAGAAGUUCAACCAUAGGUUGUUGAGAACAUUGAGUCAUGUCAAGAAUAUAUCUCUGAAUUAUUUUAUCAAUAAUAAUUUAUGGGAUGUGUCCAAAUUCCCUGCUGAACUACUACAAGUAAUGUAUCAGUUUUUUUUUUUUUUCAAA